AUGUGCAAACCAAAUGAAAGCAAAGACAAUUCUCAGCCCACAAUAGCAUUCAAGGAGUACCUGCAAUACACUUUCAACGACAAUGCCAACACCACAGGCCAACACCAUUACCACAGGACCACACCACCACCACAGGCCAACACCACCACCACCACAGUUCCAGUACCUCCACACCACGACCACGAACCCAAAACCACUAGCCAACACCACCACCACAAGCUAGCACCACCACAUCGCUACCACAACACCGAUACCAGCACUCCACACCAUUCCCACCACCACACCGCUACCACAAUCCCAAUACGACCACACCGCACCAUUCCCACCACCACACCGCUACCACAACCCCGAUACCACCACACCGCACCAUUCCCACCACCACACCGCUACCACAAUCCCAAUACCACCACACCGCACCAUUCCCACCACCACAAGCCAAUACCACCGCCACCACGGCCACCACACCCCCAUCAUCGCACUGGCCACUAA